AUGAAAACGUAUGGACAGUGUUCUCUAAAUGAGGAAAUCUUUUUAACCCAUAUUUUAUAAGCGUUAAGCAAAGACUGAACGUAUGAUUGUAACGUAAAUUGAUUGUACCGAAAUUUAAAGUUUUUGCAAGUUACAUUUGGUUGAAAAUUUAGUAUUACACAAAGUUAAUAUGGCAACAUCUGAAAGCGAUGAUUUUGAAAGUGCUGAUGAAGAGAUGAAUAUUGAUGUGCCAAUAAAAAGAAGUAUUCAAACACAGCAGUGGAAAUCACCAACUACGAUAGAUUCAGAAUCUGAUGAUGAUACAGAAUAUGUACCACGACAACCAUAUACAAAUAUAAUUUACGGUAGAAAAAAAGAAAAUUAUUACCCGACGAUAUAUACGACAAGUGACGAAAAAAGGCCUGAUAAACGUAUCAGUAUUAAUGAUACAUGUAAUUAUAAGCAGACUGAGCAACCAAUUAUCAAUGUUGACAAAAUUUGUGAGAAAGAUAAUGGAAAUGUUACAACUCUCAAUGCACAAGAAGUGGAGUGUGAUCAGAAAAACAGUGAUACUAUAAAUUUGAAAGUCAAGAAUAAUAAUGAAGAAACAAAGUUAGAUAAAAAUGAGGUAGAAAUGUCUGAGAAAGAUGUUAAUAUGAAGCUACAUUCUAAAACACUAUCUGAAUCUAAUGAGACAGGAAAGAAUGAUAAAGGACAGAAGUUAGAUGCAAAGAAGUUAGGAAUUAAGGUUAUGCCAACUAGCGGUCUUACAGCUGAUAUAGAUAACAUAGAUACACAUAUUAAUGAAGAGAAUAUAUCGAUGAAAGAAGAAAAUUUUAUGUUCAAUAUACCUUCUAUAAAAGAUGAGAUAACAGAGUCAGAAAUGCCCGAAGAAAUGAAAUCUGAUAAAACAUUCAAAGAAAUAUUUAAACCUGAAGGUUGGGAAGGAUUGGAAGAUGCAAUUCAAUUAUCAGAGGAACUAACCGAGGAGAAAUUGCAGCCAGUAUUAAAAAGAUUGUCAUUAGCUGGUGAUGAAACAGAUAAUUCUUCCUCGAGUUGGGGUUGGGCAAAUUGGGGUAUGAGUACGUUAAUUAAUACAGCUACUGCUGGAGUUUCUACAUUAACUAAUCAUGUAUCACAAGGACUCACGCUUUUAGAAGAAUCUAUGGCUAUAUCUGAUGAAACAAAAUGUAUUACAAAUGAAGAAGAAAAUCAUACAGUUACUGAUGAUAAAAAUGAGGAAUCCAAGGAACAAACUUCUUUUGGAUUUGGAAAUCUUAUAUCAAGUGUAUCGUCAAUAACAAAACUAGUUGAAUCAACUGGAAGUAAAGUUAUGACUGGUGGAUUAGAUACACUAGAAGCUAUUGGUAAAAAAACAAUGGAAGUUUUGCAAGAUGGUGAUCCAGGGUUAAAGAAAAAAAGAGCUUUCUUUAUAAAUGAAACAGGCAAACCAAAUUUAUCUCAGAUUCUUCGAGAAGCUAAACAAAAAGCAGAAACUAUAGAAAGAACAAUCGAAGAGAAACAAAAACUAAGGAAAGUACACUUCGAAAGUCUUUUUGACGAUUAUCAAGGACUUGUUCAUAUAGAAGCAUUAGAAAUGUUAUCAAAACAAAGUAGUAUUAAAAUACAACAAUAUUUGAUUGGAUUAGAUACAAAUGAAUUAAAUUCUGUACAAAAGAUGUUGGAAGAAGUUGAAGAAUUAUGUGAAUUGAAUGAAGAUGAUGAAAAUGAUGAUGAAACAUCUGAGAAAGAUUUGAAAUGUAAAUUGCAACAAGCUUGCAAUGAUCUUGGAGUUAUUAUUACAUAUGAAAAAUUACAUACUAUUUGUGAAGAGUCUAAUAGCUAUAUUACUUCAUCAACGACACACAAUGAUCAAGAAAUAUUUGAGCAUGCUAUUUCUGUAUUGGCAGAAUUUACAGCAUUUUCUAUGGAAAGAUUUCAUAAAACUGCAGAAUUACUUCUAAUUAAAGAACAUCGAAGCACUGUUAAUGAAGCUGAUUCAUUAGUUCAGUUAACAAAUAUUCUGUCUAAUCAAGUUGGAGUAUUAUCUAAUACUUACUGUAGUGUUUUGAAUAAACUUGUUGAAACUUCAGAUAGAUGUGAUACUAUUAAUGCUAAUAUAACAACAAUUUUUAUGGAGGCUUCAAGUGCAAGUUCUUACAUUCAAGAUGCCUUUACAUUGUUGAUUCCCAUCAUACAAGUUGGUGCUAUUUAA